AUGCCACACGCUUUAUUGCUGGAAAUAUCGAAGCCCGGGUACGGUAAUUUCGAUACCCAUUUCUACAAAGGACAGGACGAAGUUGGCAAGGACGGAGUUUUGCGUAUCAGAAACAAAUUCCGGGCAGAAUCUAAUUUCGCGGACUUUCUACCCGAAUGGAACCAGAACGAAAAUUACAAGGCUCUGGAAUUCCACCAUUACGAAGACCCGGGUCUCAGAGCAGACGCUGGGUUCCCAAAUCUUUUCUCAGAGUUUGCACCCUCCCAGGCGUCCGUCAAGAAAAUUACGCCCAAAUUGGGCACUGAGAUCGAUGGUAUCCAGCUGACAGAGCUUUCUAACGCUGCCAAAGACGAAUUGGCGCUCCUAGUGGCUCAACGAGGAGUUGUUGUUUUCCGCAACCAGGAUUUCGCAAAACGUGGUCCCCAAUACGCUGUGGACUACGGCAAACAUUUUGGCAAGCUUCACAUACAUCAGACCUCCGGGGCUCCCAAAAAUCACCCGGAACUCCACAUUACGUUUCGCCGGCCUGAUCAGAAGGAGUUUAAUCGUGUAUUCCAGGACCAGCACUCUUCCAUAUCUUUCCACACCGACGUGUCCUACGAAUUGCAACCUCCCUCGUACACAUUUUUCUCGGUGCUGGAAGGCCCUGAUGGAGGCGGAGACACCCUUUUCAGCGAUUCGCUCACUGCAUAUGAAAGACUCUCUCCCGCAUUCCAAGAAUUCUUAGGUACUUUGCAUGUUGUGCACAGUUCUAAAGAACAGGCGGACAAUUCCCGGGUACAAGGCGGCAUUCAAAGACGCGCCCCCGUAACGCACGUUCAUCCUUUGGUGAGAUACCAUCCAGUGUUGAAGAAAAAAACCCUUUUUGUCAAUAGCACAUUCUCGCGCCGGAUUGUAGAGUUGAAGAAGCGUGAGUCCGACCAGAUACUGCAGUUUCUGUACGACCUGAUCGACAAUUCGCAGGACCUGCAAUUGCGCGCCAACUGGGAGCCAGGUACCGUGACCAUCUGGGACAACCGUAGAGUGCAUCAUUCUGCUGUCAUCGACUGGGAAGAGCCAAUUUUGAGACAUGCGUUCCGUAUCACACCUCAGGGCGAAAGACCUGUGGAAGAUCCCAAAUACCUAAAUGACCCUACUUACUAUCCAUCCAGCUUGACCAGAGAUGUGUAA